GGGAGGGGAGGGAAGGGCGAGAUGGGUUGGGGUGAGGAGUAGGUGGACCUCCUCUUCCUCCUCUUUCUCAGUGGCCCGCACAGACGCUGUUUUACUGGCACGGUUGGCUCUCUUUCCGGCUCUCCUCCAGCGGCCUCAGCCCUUCGACUUUCAGCUGUGACAAUGCAAGCCUGCCUCCCCAGGUCAUAUCUCACGCCGGUAAGGGAUGAGGAGGCGGAGUCUCAGAGGAAGGCGAGGUCACGGCAGGCACGGCAAACCCGGCGCUCAACACAGGGUGUGACUCUUGCUGAGCUGAAGGAGGCUCAGAGGACCUUCAGCUUGUCCCCGUCGGACAGACAGAAACAGAAAGAUGAUGCGGAGAGGAGGGGUACAGAAGAGAAGGGGGAGACACGGACCACCCCGGCCUGCUUCAGGGACCAGCAGGACCGCAGCCCCGCGUGGAGCAGGGAUGUUGACGAGCUUGGGAACCGCAGGCUCAGGCUGGGGACCCAGGCAGAGAGCCCCACCACGCCCCUCACGUCUCCAUCCGCCAGCAGCCCGGGCUCCCUUCCCCCCCGUGGCCUGACCCACUGGGCUUCUUCCAGGGGGCUGGACCAAAACGGCAAUGAAUGGAGAACUGAAAACCAAAGCUCUGCUGACAGUCCUUCUGAACUCAACCUUUCCUUGAGAGAACGACGACAGUCUCGAAACAGCAUUCAAGGGGCAAGUGCCUCCUACUGGUCACAAGAGCAUGAUAGGGCAUCUAGGCUGGACUCCGGUUCUGGCUCAGGGGACAGUGCCACAGACCGGCUGUUGGGCCGAACCAGCUCUUACACCCGCCGUGAGAACAGGCUGGCAUCGCUGAGCAAGGCGGACGAUGAUGGCAGCUCCAAGGACUUUAAGAAGAUGUACGAGGACGCCUUGGCUGAGAACGAGAAGCUGAAGUCCCGGCUGGAGGACAGCAGGCAGGAGCUGGCCAGCAUCCGAACGCAGCUGGAGAAAGUCACACAGAAACAGGACCGAAUAUCUGAAAGGUCCAGUGUGCUUGAGACAGAGAAAAGGGAGAAGCGUGUCCUGGAGAAAAAGGUCUCAGAAAUGGAGGAAGAGCUGAAGGCUCUGCCCCAGCUGGCUCAGCUCCAGGCCCUGCGGUGGAGGAACGAGAGGCUCCAGGCUGAGAACAGAGCCAUGCUGCGGGUCCUCGCCCGCCUCUCAGAGAUGGCCUCCCUGCCCGAAACUGAGGACCUCUAACCCCACCCCCCAGCCCCUGCCCCCUUCCUCACCUCCACCUCCGUCCUCCACCUCCACCCCUGUCUCCACAUUUCCACCUGCUCGUCUGCGUCCUCCUUCACCUGUCUCCUCUCUGCUGCUGUGGUCCCAGGCAGGUACUGACAGAACUCAAGUCUGACAAUCAGAGGCUGAAGGAUGAGAACGGGGCUUUGAUCCGAGUCAUAAGUAAGCUGUCAAAGUGAGGGGGGGGGAGCUUGCCUGACUCCACCCCCUACACCCCCUCACCCCCCACACCCCAAGAGAGGUGAUCUGCUGAUCCCAGAAUUUUAUUGUAUUUUUUUUGUUGCGGGGGGUGGGGGGGGGGGGGGUUGCGGGGAGCAAGGGACUCUCGAUUGAACAAGGAAACAAUAAGAAACAUGAAGAGUUCAGUAUUUCUCCCCCCUGCUUGUCUGCAUGCCUGAUCACACCUUAUUAUAUUGAGCACCCACACCACGGGGUCAGUACAUGGCAAUAGCACACAGGCUGGCGGAGAGCUUGUCUUUAUCUAAAGAUAAUUAAUUGAACAGUCAUAGAAGAGAAUGGAAACCUGAUUAUGUCAGUGUGUCUGUCUAACUAUGUACAUGAACACUGGCACAGAAAGUACCUUUAUGGAAAUGGGAUAUACUGCAAGGUAUUUUAAAUAAUUUUGGAAAACAUUUUUUAAAAUUUUAAGAAAAAUGAAUAUCACAGCCAUGGGUAAUUUUUACCUGAAUGUGGCAGUACUUUGUAUUUGACCCAUAAAUACUGAUAUGUCUCAAUUGCUUUUCUGGUCUGGAUAAUAUAUUUUGUUUCAAUAUAUGCUGUUUUAAAUUCCAUUUCCAUAAAAGUACACAAUGACACAAUAGCAAAGUGUUCCUUCCCCCACCCAUGCACCCCUUCUAUAAUGAGCACUUUCACUAUGUCAUGUGAGGCAUAACAGGGAAGCAGUGCGAAGACAGUUUCUAACCUCCACGUUUAGUGAAUGUUUUAUUUAUUAUCCUUUAUUUGGUUUUAGACAUUGUGUGCCUUAUAUAAAGUUUAUUUUUCCUUUGAUAUUUAUCUUUCAUGACCAUGUAUAAAGCAUUCACCAGGACACUCCAAAUAGUGCCUCGUUUAGUAGGACGCACUGCUUUAAAAUGAAACGAUAUGAAAUGAUAUUUUCACCUUUUGCAUGGCUGACAUACAUAUAUUAUAUUGUACAUCACCAUAAAUGCACUGCCACUGAAUCAUGUGUUUCAUGUGGUAUGUAUUAUUCUUUCUUUUUUUUUUCCAAUUUCCUGUACUCGACCUAUAGUCUAACUGAGUAACAAGGUGCCCUUUAAACCCCUUGUGCCUUCAUCCACGGAUAGAGAGCAAGCUGCCCCUGCAGUGUGAACACUGUUACAGGAUUACUCCUCUGCAUGUUACAUGAAGCAGCCUAUGUUUUUACUGUUUUCAGAUACUAAAAUCUUUCACAGAUAUGUUUGCCAUCACAACUUUUGAGUGCAUUUCACAGUGAAGUACAGGAGUGCUACUUUGUUUGUUAAAGUGGAGCUGUUAUAAUUGAAUGCCUAAUAAACUCCAAAGGUUUUAUGUCAUUUCAAA